AUGGCCCCAAACCCGAUCCAAGAACCUCAACUAAGAGGAAUUCCCGACUUCUAUGACGAAAGGAAAACGGGACCUGGACCGCAAUCACCUGAAUUCCUCCAACUCGUUCUCCUAGCGGGCGAGUCCGCUGAUAAGGAAGAUCGAUACGCACGAAUUGCAUUUCCAGCGUCUUACAAGGAGGCCCAGGAAUCGGCCGCGAGAGUGUUCAAGCGCUACUCAUUCCACGCAGCGGAUCCAGAGAAUCUUGUGCUACGCCUCCCCUCGAAGAACCGAAACGGGGAGUCGGUUUGGGCGGAUAUUGAUAUGAAUUAUUGGACAAGGUCUGCGCUAGGCGCUGUGGAAGUUGGUGUUUUCGUCGUUCCUCGACGAUCUAAAUGGGGAUUGGCAUACCAGGAACUGCGCCAGUGA